UUUCCUUUUUUCUUUUUCUUUUUCUUUUUCCUUUUCUUUUCUUUUUCUCUUGAACACUUUUUAUUAUUAAGCCAUGGAAGACGCAAACUUGACUCUUGAUCCAAAAUGUCUCUGGACUCCUAGUCACCCUGAAGAUACUGAAAUGGAACGCUUUAGACUUGCUGUUAAUGACCUUUAUAACCUGUCUUUAGCCAAUUAUCAAGAACUUUAUGAAUGGUCUGUUUCUGAACCUGAACAAUUUUGGGGUGCAGUUUGGGAUAAGACUGGUAUCAUUUCUUCCACCAAGGCUAAUCGUGUAUUGGAUACUUCCGCUCGUAUGGAUUCAAUUCCAAAAUGGUUCGAAGGUGCUUUAUUGAAUGUAGCUGAAAACAUGUUAUGGUGUCGUAGUGCCGACAAGACUGCUAUCAUUGCUACAGGUGAAGGUCAUGGUCGUGAAUCUAUAAGCUAUGCUGAACUUUAUCAAAAGGUACUUCAAUGUGCUGAAGCUAUGAAGGUUAUGGGUAUUCAACAAGGUGAUCGUGUAGCUGCUUAUAUUCCUAAUUGUGCUGAAGCCGUCAUUGCUAUGUUGGCUGCUACAAGUUUAGGUGCUAUUUGGAGUUCUACUUCUCCUGAUUUUGGAACCACGGGUGUACUUGAUCGAUUCACACAAAUUCAACCCAAGAUCCUAUUUUCUGUGAAUGCUGUCUAUUAUAAUGGAAAAACUCUUAAUCAUGUACCUAAGGUUGAAGCUGUGAUCAAGGAUUUACCUUCUGUGGAAAAAGUGGUUAUGAUCCCUUUUGUCAAAGAAGCAUCUAUGGGUGAAGUCGAUAAAAGCGUUACAUGGGAUUGUUUUUUGAAGACUGUGCCUGAAAAUCAAUUACCUUCUGAAAUUGAAUUCAAACAAUUACCAUUUGAUCAUCCAGCAUUUAUCCUUUUCAGCUCUGGUACUACUGGUCUCCCUAAAUGUAUCGUCCAUUCUGGUGCUGGUCUCUUACUUCAAUUAAAAAAGGAACAUAUCAUACACGGCAACAUGACUCCUGAUGAUGUUUUCUUUUAUUACACAACAACUGGAUGGAUGAUGUGGAAUUGGUUAGUCUUUGGACUUAGUGUGGGGGCUACAAUUGUGUUGUGGGAUGGUAGUCCAUUCAAGCCUGCACCUAUCUCUUUAUGGGAAUUGGCUGAUGAAUUGAAUGUGACACAUUGGGGUGCUUCUGCCAAGUAUAUUCAAUCUUUACAAGAAGCUAAAGUUUAUCCAAUGGAUCUCUGUCGUCUCGAUAAGCUCAAGGCAGUAUAUUCUACUGGAUCUCCUUUGAAACCUGAAAGCUUUGAAUUUGUAUACGAACAUAUCAAGAAAGAUGUCAUGCUAGGAAGUAUUACUGGUGGUACUGAUAUUUGCUCAUUGUUUGCUGGUCAUAAUGCGGCUUUACCUGUCUAUCGUGGUGAAAUUCAAUGUAUUUGUCUUGGUAUGAAGAUUGAAGCUUGGACUGAUGAUAAAAAAUCUGUCAAAGGUGAACCUGCUGAUUUGGUAUGUACAACUCCUUUCCCUUGUAUGCCUGUAUGUAUGUAUGGUGAUGAUGAAAAGCGUACAAAAUACAAGAAUGCCUACUUUAACGUACAUGAUGAUAUCUGGUACCAUGGUGAUUUCGUAUGGAUAAACCCCAAGACUGGAGGAGUGAUCAUGUUGGGUCGAUCGGAUGGUACUUUGAAUCCUUCUGGUGUCCGUUUUGGUAGUGCAGAAAUAUAUAAUGUGGUGGAUCGAUUUGUUGAUCAAGGUGUUGAAGAUUCUCUUUGUGUUGGACAAAAGAUCAAGGGUGAAGAUGAUGAACGCGUAGUCCUGUUUUUGAAGAUGAAAAAGGAUGUGGCACUUACAGAUGAUUUGGUCAAGUCUAUUAAGGUCAAGAUUCGAAGCGAACUAAGCCCUCGUCAUGUGCCUGCCUUUAUUUUACCUAUUUCUGAUAUUCCUUAUACCAUCAAUGGUAAGAAGGUUGAAGUGGCUGUCAAGAAAAUCAUCUCUGGACAAACUGUUGUUCCUUCUGGUACUUUAUCCAAUCCUGAAAGUUUAGAUUUAUAUUAUAAUAUCAGUGUAUUGGCUCAAUAGGUGUAUUUGUUUUUGAUAUUUUAUUCUUAUUAUUAUUGUUAUAUAUUAUGU